AUGAUAUUCACUCGUGCGUUCUUCCCUCUCGCCUAUAAUUUAAGCGCUUACAUUCAGGUUGGUGGUUAUCAUGGCGACACCAUGGUUAAGUGUCUGACCACACAUCUCAGUGUUUUCUCCGUAGGCCUGUUUGAUGCCAAUGUCGACACCGAUUUCACCUACGAGUACAUUGCAGACCAUAGAGAGGAACACAUCGCUGCAACAAUGAUUGUGAUCGUGAUGACAGUUCAUAUGCUGAUUGUUAUGCUGUUUGCGAUAAAUUACGAGAUGAUCGAAGGUGACAAGUUGUAUCCCGAUGGUAAACGGAAAAAUAAAGACAUGGAUAGAGCGGAGGAGCUCAAAGGAACUCCUGAAUGA